CCACCAUGGGACUCAGUGGCAAAACUCUCCAGACGGCGCAGCUUUUGCUCGUCGUCCUGCCGGCCUUUGUGCUGUUCGGAUACAACCAAUCCGGUGUCGGUGGUCUGCUCUCCCUCAGAGACUGGAACAACCACUUCCCCGAGAUCAACACCAUUGACACGCAUGGCGCCGAGAAGAGCAGCAACUCGACCAAGCAGGGCGCCGUCGUCGCCACCUUCACCAUUGGUGCUCUCUUUGGUGCUCUGUCGUGUUCCUGGAUCGGAGACUGGCUCGGACGCCGAAAGGUCAUCUUCCUGGCUGCCGGUCUGACGCUCAUUGGCGAGAUAUUGCAAUGCACCAGCUUCCAGCUUGCUCAGUUCGUCGUCGGCCGCUUCAUCCUCGGAUGGGGUGUGGGUGCUCUGAGUGCUACCGUGCCCGUAUGGCAAUCUGAAUGCUCCUCUUCUGCCAACCGUGGUAAACACGUUGUGCUGGACGGAUGCUUCAUUUCUCUGGGCUACCUUCUCGAAGCCUGGAUCAACCUGGGCUUCUUUGAACAACGCAACCUGCCUCUGCAAUGGCGCAUCCCUCUCGCCAUCCCGACCGUCAUCUCCGUCAUCCCCAUGCUGGCCGUAUUCAGCAUCCCUGAAUCACCUCGCUGGCUCGUCAACAAGGGACGCGUCGAGGAGGCCCGCGCCAGUCUGUCCAGCUUCAAGGGUCUGGACUUGAACGACCCGGAGAUUGCAAACGAGAUUACCGGCAUUGAGCUUGCUCUUGAGGAAACUGGUCGCAGUGCGGCAAAGAUGAGCGACAUUUUCACCAUGGGCAAGGAUAAGCUCUUCUACCGCUUUAUGCUGUGCAUUUUCCUCCAGUUUCUGCAGCAGAUGUGCGGAAGCAACCUCAUCUCUACCUACUCUACUAUCAUUUUCCAGCAAGGCCUCGGCCUCAACAGCGAAACCUCGCGCAUCCUCUCCGGCGGCGCUCUGACCUGGAAAUUCCUCUCGUGCUUUGUCGCCUUCUUUACAAUUGACCGUUUCGGCCGUCGCAAGCUUUUCAUGUUUAGCGGUGCGGGCAUGGCAUCCUGCAUGCUCGCUCUCGCCAUCGCCUCUAGCUUCCCAAAGACGAACCACUCUGCGCAAAUCGCAUCUGCCCUGUUUGUGUUCCUCUUCAACUUCUUCAUUCCUAUCGGCUUCCUCGGUGCAAACUUCCUCUACUGCACUGAAGUUGCGCCCACCCGGCUCCGCGUCCCCAUGGCCGGUAUCUCGACUGCGAACCACUGGCUGUGGAACUUUGUCGUCAACAUGGUGACUCCUGUCGCCAUCGAAACCAUUGGCUGGAAAUACUACCUCGUUUUCCUCGUCAUCUCGGCACUCAUCCUCCCCGUCGUCUACUUUGGCUACCCAGAGACCAUGGGCCGCAGCCUCGAAGAACUCGAAGUCAUGUUCACAGAGGGCACCAGCAUCCGUGCUAUCGUCGCCACCUCGCGCAAGCCCUUUACUGGCAGCAUUGUGCCUGAGCAUAAGUUUGAGAGUGCUGUUAAGGAGGAGGAGUACGCAUAA